GUGACAAUGGUAGCUAGAGGUAUUUUCCUUCCUGGUUUAAAUGAUAGAAAGCAGGUAUGCAUACGACUGCUUACCCGAAUUUGUUCUUAUUGUUUACAUCAAUAUCAGUUUUAGUGUUAGCCUUAGGAAAGAGGUGUCCAAGUAACGGAGUUCCUGUGAUCAACAUGUGUAGCAAUGAAGUAAAAACGGUAUCUAGAGUAUUGUUAGAUAUAAAUAUAAAACUUGAAGAAAAUAUCAACAACUGUACCUGUAUACUACAAUUCAUACAACCUGAUACAGAACAGACUUACCCUGUUGCCUUUACUCCUUUCUAUCCAGACAACUACUGGUGUGAUUAUAGUUUAACUGUGGCAAAUGGAAGACUAAGAGGAACAUAUGGUUGUACACAGGAACAACCAGUAACAUAUUUUGAAUUAAAACCAAGAGAAACAGUGGAUAUGUUAUUAAAGAAAAAAUACAACCAUAGUGAUCAAGUUAUUACCAGAUGUAUUAAUAUUCAAUCAGGUGCUGAUAGUUUUUUUACUGUAUCCUGUUCAUUACCCAACAAUCAGUCACCACCGACAGUAACCACGACCUCUACUAUCACUGAUGUAUAUAAAACACCCUCACAUGGACCCAAGACAGACAGCAAUACACAAGAAAAACAGGUUGGCGCUAUUAUUGGUGGAGUGUUAGGUGUUAUAUUGGUCAUUGGUGGCGUUGUACUCGCUAUAUUAGUUUGGAGGUGUUAUAGAGCUAAAAUACCAGAAGAAGAUACAACAUAUUCUUCUUUAGAUCUACAAAAUAAUAUCAAUCCAGCGGACGUGACGUAUCAAGGUCUUCAAACUAAUCUUUCUUCAAACGAACCCGCGGUAACUACCGUUGAAGUUUGUGAAAAUCGUUCGACUAAUCAAGUAUUCUCUACCGAGGAAAACCGUGAAAGUCUUGCUUCAAAUCAGCCAACAUCUAUAAGUCAAAUUAACAAUAAUCGCAUCUCAAAUCAGCCAACAGACAACAAUCUUUCUGCUACACCAACUUAUGAAAACCAAUCUAGACACAUUAACCAAACCGAUCUAAAUCCUGAUUCAGGUGAACAAAUACUAAACCAUCAACAUUAUGAAAAUCUUACCAACACAUAAGCAUUCAGAUUAUGGACGUCUUUAGAUCAAGGCGCAUCUGUAAACUAGGGAAACAGAGCCUUGUUCGUCAUUUCAACCGAAGUCCAAGGAUUAAACCAAUGACAAUCUGACUUUAUAUGAAGAACUUCUAAAUCUUCCAGAUUUUGAACAUUUUAAUUUAAAACAAUCAGCAACAAUAGACCAUGAAUAUUAAGAACAUCUUACUUUAAACCAAUCAGCAACAAUAUACAGUGACUAUAAAUGUUUCCCAUAAACUUUUACAACUUAACAAAAAUCUUCUUGUAACCCAACUUAUAAUUAUUAUUUCGGGUAUUAUCACCCUUUAGAAAAUUAUUGUUAUUUUAUUCUGGGCAUUAGUCCACUAAAAAUGAACUGCAACAAAAUAUGAUUGCCAGAUUGUAUCGGCCAUGACUCCAACUUGCCUCCAACAAACUCGGUUCUUAAUACAUACUGUGUAUAGUUUGCCAGAUAUUUUAUACCGAUACUCCUGAAAAUCUUAUUUUAGAUGACCCUAUAUUAAAGCCAUACUUGAAACCAACUAGCUGAAAAACUUUGAAAUAAUUUUGCUAUAUCCCAUCUUUUGCUUAACAACACUGUAAAAAUUGUGAGCAAUAAAAUAAAAUAUGUGUUA